UUUCACUUGCGGCGGCCAGCCGCGGGCGAGGGGUGUGGGCAGUGCGCAGAGGGAGAGCCGUGACGUCACGGCCUCCUCGCGCGCCAGGCCAGUCAAGCGGCGACCACGGCGGCGGCAGCCCGCCAGCACCUCGCCAUGGAGACCGGCCUGCUCAGGGUCAUACUGCUCGCCGUGCUGCUGUUCCUGCUGACGGCCGACCACGGCGCGUACCUGGGCGAGCUCUACCGCGCCUUCGGAGGCGGCGGCGGCGGCGAGGACGAGGACAGCCGCCCCCGGGGCCCCGCCUCCCGCGCGGACGUCAAAGACGCCGUGCAGAUGAUCUCCACGGCCGCCAGGGCGCGCCUGCUGCACACCAUCAAGAACGUGUGCCUGCCCAAGCUGAUAUGCGAGCUGAACGCGGCCCCGCACAGGGAGAAGCUCACCGACUCCGAGAAGUCUCUGCUGUCGCUCAUCAGCGACACGAGCAUCAGCGUGACGGCGGCCGUGACCUCCAAGUACCACUUCGCCGCGCACAUGGGCCAGCUGAUAGCAGGCGUGGACGGCGCCGGCUGCCACAACUUCUACCCUUCGUGCCCGCUGCCCGGCCUGCAGGUGCUCAACAUGAUGAAGAAGAUCCGCAUCAGGUAGCAGUCGGCAGCGGAGACGUCUCACCGCAUGGCCACCUCCCGAGCGACGUUGAAAACCAUCCCAAGAGUGGACUGAUGUUGAUCAUAGACUCACCGAAUCCUACCUCUCGUGAAUGUAGGUAAUGACAUCGUGAAGGUGAUCAUCGUCAGCUAGCGAACAGCGCUAGGAACAUUCCACGUGCAACUAAGUCAACAGAGAUGCUGAUAGUCGGUCGAUGGUCUGAUUGUUACCACAGGUGUCACAAUUUUUAUUUAUUAUUGCCACAGCAGGUGGUCAACAUGAUUAAGAACAUCCGCAUCAGGUAGCAGUCGGUGGCGGCCACCUCUCGAUCCUUGUUAAAAACCAUCCCAAGAGUGGACCGAUAUACAUUGAUCAUAGACAUCUCGUGUCUGCGGAUGAAGACAUCGUGAAAUUGAUCGUCGUCAGCUAGCGAUCAGCGUUAGGAACAUUCCACAUGCAACUAAGUCUAGAGAGAUGCCGAUAGUUUGUUCGCUGGAUGAACUGAUUGCUAACACAUGUGUCACAAAUUAUUCUUAUUGCCACUGCAGGUGGUCAAUAUGAUUAAGAACAUCCACAUCAGGUAGCAAUCAGAAGCGGAGAUGUUUCACUCAUUCACCUCUUAAGAAACGUUAACAAACGCCAUCCAAUAAGUACUGAUUUGCGUUGAUCCUUGACUCCACGAAUCUACCUCUUAUGAAAAAACCACCCGUCCGCCAGGUGAUGCACAUCGUGAAUGUGAUUAUCUUGAUCUAUCGAUCAGCGCUAGGAGCAUUUAAGGUGCAUCUAGAGAGAUGCCGAUAGUUCAUUCUUUCGAUGGACUAAUUUCUACACCAGAUGCCACAAAUUAUAUUUCUUAUUACAACUGCAGGUGUAAAACAUGAGUAGUAACAUCCGUUAGAAGCGGAGAUGUCCCACACAUCUACCUCUCGAGUGACGUCAACAAGCCAUAUUAUAAGUGGACUGAUUAACGUUGAUCGCUGAUUUCACCAAUCCUAGCUAUCGUGGCAAUCUUCCGUCCAGCAUGUGAUUAACAUAGUUAAUGAGAUUAUCACCAGCGAUCAGCACUGGAAAAGUCCAUAUGUCACUUUAUCUAUAGAAAGUAUGAUUUGUCUGUGUGUCUGAUAAAUAAAUACUACAGGCAUCACAAGUUCCCAGGCUGCAGUUAAUUAAUAUCACGAAGACAAUUUGGAUACAGUAGUUAUCAGCACCGAAGAUGUUCUAAGUGUCUGCAUCCAUAGCAAUAAAGACAAAAAAAAGGUGAAUUAUUCGCCAAGGACACGUCUACAACCCAGAAGUCAAGCUACCUACUUUAGACAAAAAACAGUCUAGAAAACGAUAAAGAUCAAGACUAGCUGAUUAUUUUUCUUCGAGUCCACUGCAAACUGAAGGUGCUCAGUGUGAUGUAGAAAAUCCACAUAAAGUAGUAGUAAUAAACGGAGACAUCCCGCCCGUUUGCCUUUGGAGAGGAGUCAACUGACCAUACCAUAAGUGCUCUUGUCGAUAGUGAUAUUAAAUGUCACAAACCAUAUUAUCCAUUAAAUCUAUCCAUCUCGAAGUUAAAUGGGUUUCUCUUAAGUGAGCGAUCAGCUCUGGGAAUGUUUCAUAUGCUCCCAUAUCAUGAUUAGGUUUCUCGUUCUACUGAAAACUGACUAAACUAUUUAAUUUCCUAAAUUCCUCUAAAAAAACACUUCAAUAUUAUAUACAGUAUUUGCAUUAGGUGGCGAACAGGGCAAAAUAUAAUAUAGUAGUCUGCAUCAUCGGGAAUAAAAUUGACUAUCAGUUGAUUGUGAUUGUGAAUGCAAGUUUUUGUGACCAGAGCCAAAUCCCAAAGGGGCUCAAAAAUUUGAAGAGAAAAUGUGUUUUGAUUCAUAAUCGAUGGACAUAUCGAUGGUGAUCACAAGUAAAACAACAAACUGAUAACAUUCCAUACUUAUUUGCAGGUCGUAUUAUUGACAGCUAGUUUAAUUCAUGGGCUAGUCAUUUUGAUAUUCCGACUGCCCCAAAUAUUUAGAUUCACUUCUUAGCUUCCUGGAUUCAACAUAUUAAAAUUUGUAACUAAUUAGGAAAUAGUGAUCACCAAGGACGUUUGUGUAUUCUUCUGGCAUAACAUUGACAAUUUGGGUAGAUAUAAAUAUAUACAUUUAUUACUAGUGCCACACUUUAAAACACUCAUAAGCUCUGCCCUGUAUGUAUUUAUCCAUAUAAUGAUCAGAUCUUUACGAAAUAAGUAUAAGUGUUAGGUGGAAGAUCACUACAAUUACUCUUAAACACUGCUGGCAUAUUUUGUAGAUGCUCAAAAUAACAAGAAGAUCACACAUUAGGUAAGGGUUAGCACGAUUUUAUCAUUUGCAUAUUUUCAUUUUUCGUGGCAUAGAUUUUCUCAUUCUUCUAAUUGACUAAUCUACGGUGAUCCUUGCUAUUUUAGACCCUACUUAUUAUGGCGACUGAUUGACAUACUGCUGCUCAAUACAAAAUAAAAAAAGCGUUAAAUGUUGCUAUAUAUGAGGGCGCAAAAUACGCCUAUCGCUUGGAAGACAUCAACUAUUAUUUCACCCGAUUUACUGACUUAUCGUAUUCGUGGAUGUAACUCAUGUAACCAAUAUAAGACUGAUUUGAAUUAUUUUGAUCAGUGAAGAUAUUCUUCAGUAUGGAAUUGAUAAAGACACUUCGAUUUAACCCUAAGUUUUACCACAGCCCCAUUAAAUGAUAUCUACGUGUUUACGAGUUGUAUUAUUGGACAAUAGUUCAUCUAAAUUGAGCAAGAAUUCAUCUAGCCAAUGAUAAUAUUUAAGUUCUUAGUCGUACGAAUUCCUAAUGUAUCAGAGAAGGACGGCUAUGACAUCUAGAUUAAGUGGAAGCCAAUACAUUUUUUACGCUGUGUAAUGUAACCUGGUAUUCAAAUUGACCGCAAAGUGAUAGCGGUAUUUUAUUGAGCUGAAUAUAACACUACUCUCUCUCUCUCACUACAAUUCACAAAUAUUUUGUGUCUUGGAAAAUGCAAAUCUGAAGAGAAUAAUAUAGUGACCUCGCUAUUUUUCAAGUGUUAUGCUUAUCAAUACAUAAAAUAAAGUAACAAUGAAAUUUUAAAUGCGUAUUUUUUUCGCAGAUUUGUUUCAGAAUCUGAAUGCUCUUUUAUAAAAAUCGCGUUUGUCUGCAGAAUGUUGGAACUAGUCAAAGGUUGGAAACAUGUACAUUUUUAACAUAUAGUUUUGUAAUGGGAAUAUGUGAAAAAUUUGUACUUUAAAUAGGUAUGUAUUUAAAAUACCUAGGUACUUUUUUUUAAUGUGCAGGCUGAUUCAUGUGGAUGACUUGUGUGAUACAUGUGUUUAAAGAAAGAUUGUUUCAAGUUAAUUGUUUCUUAUUAUGAUUUAUACGUGCAAUAAUAAUAUUACAAACUGUAUCUCCGACAGAUAUAAUAUUGUCAAAGUUUAUAUGUUAAAAUUUAAGUGAAAUACUUGAUUGCAAAUUUUGCAACUUUAUAAAAUUAUAAUAAUAUUAAAUUUUAAAUAUUAUUUUUAUAGUAGAAUUUUUUUUCCUCUAUUAAAAAAUGUUACCAAUUGCCAAAAAAAGGUUUUUUUCAUUCAUUUAUUUUUCUUAUGCAUCAAUGAAACAUUUUAUGUGCUUUAAGUUAGAAUAUUAAAAAUAUUCUGUAUUUUUUUCUAUAUUUUUUAACUUUUUAGCUAGAUAUGUUACGGAAUAAAUAUAUUAAAUGUCAACAUAAAAUAUAAUGAGUUAUUUUGUUCAAUAAAAUUGUUGUGUGCUUGUUAAUACACCUGUUUCAUAAAUUCUAUGUAGGCCUAAGUAAAAAUAUAUUUUGGCAAAAACAAUAAGAUGUUAAAAAAAUUUAUUUUAAAAAAAGAAAUACAAGGUGGUAAUAUCAAAGUGAAUACUUUUAACAAAUGACUUUAAAGUAUGGAAUGUAUUAACAAACCUCUUAAAAUUAAUUGGAAUAUGUAGAAGUUGGAAGCAUGCAACGAAUUCGAUUUUGAGAUAAACGAAAGCACCUUGCAACAUCGAAUACAAUCAGUGAUAACCCGAUGUGAUAGCCACACGACUAUUAGUGAUACUGUUUAACCAUUUUUUUAUAAAAAUUUACCCUAUUUUUUUAAGAAGAAAUUUUAAAAUUAUUUAUAGUAUUUAAGAAGCACAAAAUCAUCUAAAGUAUUGUUUACAUAGUGUUUGUUUUAUUUGGACAUAAAAAUUUAUUUGUUGUGACAAUGAUUUCGCUUGCUAUACGAUAUAUUUUUAUAGCAAUAAUAACUGACUUUGUUAUUAAGGAAGCUGUUGCUAUAUAUUUAUGAAAAAGAAAACAUGAUUUUCCUGUAAUUUUAUAUCCCAUAAACGUAAUAACCAAACAAGUCAAUUGUUAGCGGUCACAUUCCCCUAGUUAAUGUUUAUUUACACAUAUGUGCGUCUGCAUCAUGGAGUCGUGUAGACUGAAGUGUAUGUGUAAAGCCUAAUAAAAUGGCCCUUAUCCUUUUGAGGUGGCUUAUGAAAAGGCAAAAAAUGUUUUUAUUUGUGACUAGCUGCCCGACCCGGCUUCGCACGGCUAUACUAAUGGAAAAAAAUUAAGCCACAUCUCCCAUUUACAGUAAUGGUAAAUAAAAAAAAUUCAGUGAAAAUUUAUUACAAUGCUGUAUAAUGUACCGGAGAGAAAAUGAAUAGCACCGAUGGUUUCCCGACUCGUGCACGCAUCGUACAACUGAUGUACCCGUACUUCGCUACGGCAGUCUACAGGCAGAUCACUCUUGCGCCGCUCAUUAUACAUGCCCCUCCUUGUGGGUACGCCACUGCCGCGCGAUGCCCGUUGCCAUGGAGACGCAGAAGGCAUGAUCAAUGCAAAAUCCUGUUCGCAUGCAGACAAAGUACCCACUGUUGCCUGGUUUUAUCCACCCAUGGGAUCUAAUUUUCGGAAAAUGUCAUCCUGCGUAACAUAAGGAACAUUACUGUAAAGUUUCAAGUCUGUAAAAUAUAUAUACUUGAAAAUAAGGGCAAUAAAAAAAACAAAUUAAACACAGAAAGAGGAAAAAAAACAAUAGUUCAGGUUUGCGAUUUAAAGUGAUAAAAAGUUUUUAAAUACUAAUUGAACUCUUAUGAGGGUACUGAUUGCUUCGUUGUUAAUAUCACACAGGUGUUUUUUACUUGUAUGGGAAAAUUAAGAAUGAUAAGGCAUCUAGUGCGUGGCAACAAUGUUAAUAGGCAAUAGGAAAUAAACUUCUAGCGCCUGCGGCAUUGUCAACACACACUUCGUACGUGUACUGCAUGUUGAAUCUAACCCCCUCCAACGUAUUUUAUUCUAAAUUGGACUUUUAGUAAGGAUCCCUAAUGUUAUUAAUAAUAUAAUAUAGCCUAUAGCCUUCCUUGAUUAAUGUACUAUCCAACACUGAAAGAAUUUUUCAAAUCGGACCAGUGGUUCCUUAGAUUAGCGCGUUCAAACAAACAAACAAACAAACUCUUCAGCUUUAUAAUAUUAGUAUAGAUAACCAUGUCCACCUCCCCAACAUGUAAACACUUCUUAUUAAUUUUUAAAAAUAAACAUACCAUACAAUUGUAUAUACAAAGAGAGCAGGUUAAUAUGUAUAUGUUUUGUAUACAUUGUUGUUAUAUCCAAGGGGAAAAAACCUACAUUCUGUUUAGCAAAUGAUUUAGAAACUCUAAUUAAAUUACCUUAGGGUACCAAAUUACAUUAGUGUACCAAAAAUAUAAUACAACACAUUCCUUCUUUUGUUGGGUAAAUCUUGCUUAUACCACUGAUAUCUUAUCCUUACGAAACAUGCCCCAUAUUAUUAGGUUCUCGAUGAAUACCUAAAAAAUAUGUGAGUGGGUUUUCUCAUUCUGCUCUUGCUUGCUCCCGCAGAUUUCCUUCCAACGUGACGCCUCAUUCACUUCUAUAGCUGGGUGAGUAACAAGAAUAUUUUAAUUUACUUGAGAAAAAAACACUUUUUAUCGAACAAAUAAAUGGCUUGAGGAGAUGCAACGGGGAGACACUGUACUCGCAUUCCUGAAGACAUGGGUUCAAAUUCUGUUCUGUUAAUACCAGUGGCGUGUCCAGCAGGGGGCGCCAGGGGCAAUUACCUACAUUUGUUCAAUGUUUUGCUACGAACACUACAGAGUUAAGAUAUUCAAUGCCAAUAUACAUUUUUAAGUUAUUUUGAUUGAUAACAAUUUUUUGUGCCUGGCUCAAGAUCACUAAUUAAAUAAAAA